AUGGCUGCCAAUUUCUUCAACAACAAGGCUCGUGCAGCCGCUGCAUCCAGCAGCUCGAAACCCAAGGCAAGCGACAACAAGGAAGAUAACACCCGGUUGCAGCCCUGGGUUGAGAAAUACCGGCCAAAGACCCUUGAUGAUGUGGCUGCGCAAGACCAUACAACAAAAGUGCUCCAACGCACCUUGCAAGCUUCCAACCUCCCUCACAUGCUCUUCUACGGACCACCGGGAACCGGCAAAACAUCCACAAUCCUCGCCCUAGCCAAAUCCCUUUUCGGCCCGGCGCUCUACCGCUCCCGCAUUCUUGAACUCAAUGCCUCCGACGAGCGUGGUAUCGCCAUCGUCCGUGAAAAGGUCAAAAACUUCGCUCGCGCGCAGCUCACCCAGACCACUGGCCUUGAUGCCGCCUACCUCGCGCAAUACCCUUGCCCGCCAUUCAAGAUCAUCAUCCUCGACGAAGCGGACAGCAUGACCCAGGACGCCCAAUCCGCAUUGCGCCGCACAAUGGAGCAGUAUAGCCGUAUCACUCGUUUCUGUCUCGUCUGCAACUACGUCACCCGCAUCAUUGAGCCGCUCGCCAGUCGAUGCAGCAAGUUCCGCUUCAAGAGUCUGGACAACUCCGCCGCGGGCGAGCGGCUGAGCGAUAUUGCGAGCGCGGAGAACCUUAAUCUCGAGGAUGGCGUGAUUGAGACGCUGAUACGAUGUGGCGAGGGUGAUUUGCGUCGGGCGAUCACUUAUCUGCAGAGUGCGGCCCGGCUGGCGAGUGCGACAAACCCGGCGAAGAAGGAUGCCGAUGAUGACGCGGAGAUGACAGACGCAGCGAGUGCCGCGGCGGCUCCUAUAACCGUCAGUACGAUUGAAGAGAUUGCUGGCGUAGUGCCUGAAAAUGUGCUGGAUAGCUUGAUCCAGGCCAUGCAGCCCAAGGGCGGACGUUCGACAUAUGAGGCCAUCUCAAGCGUAGUUACGGACCUUGUUGCGGAUGGGUGGAGCGCUACACAGCUGGUUAGCCAGCUGUACCGCCGGGUUGUCUUCAACGAGGCCAUUCCUGAUAUCCAGAAGAAUAAGAUCGUCAUGGUCUUUUCCGAGAUGGAUCGGCGAUUGGUGGAUGGUGCUGAUGAGCAUCUAUCCAUUUUGGAUCUGUCGUUACGCAUUUCUGGUAUCAUUUGUGGACCUUGA